AUGUUACAAGGCUGGCAACAUGUUGGCUUAUCUUCCACUACCAAGACGUCGAAUGUAGAGACCAACCAGCCCUCGCCUUCUGGUCUACGCCGUUGUUAUGUUGAUGCAACAUGGGAGAGUAACUCCGAAACAGGCUCAAUGGGGGCGGUAGGGAUGGAUAUGUCUGGGAGAAUUCCGAUGAGCCUGCCGGAAAUUAUGGAGUUCGAUGAAAGUGAUCUGAGUCGAUUUGUGUCUGGGACAGAGUUUAGUGUUGAGUCAACCAGCACUUUGGGUGGUGGUGGAAGUCAGCCAUGGGAGACGGUUACGAAUACAUUGGAAACUGUAAAUCCUGUCAUGCCUAUGGCGGAUACGGUCAGCGCCGCCACCCAUGACGUCAAUGCUGCUGAUCAACAAACGAAUCAGAGGGCCAGGAAACGCCAGCGGCGUAAUCCGCAGCAAAUUCAGGAAUUGGAAAAGUUUUUUGAGACAUGCCCUCACCCAAACGAGGAUCAAAGAAAGGAGCUUAGCCUUGCACUAGGGAUGGAGCCAAUUCAAGUCAAGUUCUGGUUUCAGAACAAGCGCACUCAAUUAAAGGCUGUAAAUGAACGUCAAGAUAAUUCACAACUUCGCGCUGAAAUUGAGAAGCUACGAAUGGAAAAUUUGAAGUGCAAAGAAGCUCUUGCAGCAUCAUCUUGCUCACAGUGUGGUGGCCCAUCCAUGAAUGAAGUGUCACUUGAAGAGCAUAAUAAGUUAAAGUUAGAAAAUGCUCAACUCAAAGAAGAGAUUGCUCGGAUUUCUUCAAUCGCCUCAAGGUCUGCUAGGAUGCCAUCUGAAAGCACAUCAAGGAUUUAUGACAAUAGUGACGAGGCAACAAGAACAAUCAAUGGACUUAUAGAGGCCGAGAAACCGGUCAUCACUGAGCUUGCAUUGGCGGCUAUGGAUGAAUUGCUUCUAAUGGCACAACUAACAGAGCCACUUUGGGUUUCAAGCAUGGAUCCCAACACUGAAGUUGUGUUAAACAUACAAGAAUAUGCAAGAUUUUUCUCCCAAGGAAUUAUUGCAAUAGCAAACCGUGAAGGGUUUUGGACCGAAGCUUCUCGUGAAACUGCUCUAGUGAAAACAAACUAUGCCCAGCUUCUUGGGAUGUUCAUGAAUGUGGAUCGUUGGGCAACUUUGUUCUCCGACAUUGUUUCAAGGGCUGUAACAGUAGGCGUUGUAUCAAUUGGUGUGGCCGGAAAUUAUGAUGGAGCUUUGCAAGUGAUAAAUGCUGACUUUCAAGUACCAGCACCACAAGUAGCACCUCGUAACUACUACUUUGCCAGAUAUUGUAAGAAAAAUGUUGAUGGCAGAUGGGCCAUAGUAGAUGUUUCUAUAGACAGAUAUCUGUGCAUGAAUCGAGUAGGCAGAUGUAUGAGGAGGCCAUCAGGGUGCUUAAUUGAAGAACUUCCAAAUGGGUAUGCAAAGAUCACCUGGGUCGAGCAUGUUGAAGUAGACAAUGAUGUUAAUGAAGAUACUGGUAUUUACAAGGCACUACUUCAUUCCGGCAUGGCAUUUGGGGCAAAACGUUGGGUUACAAUGUUAGAUCAGCAAUGUGAACGUAUUGCCUGCUCAUUGUCUAUAAACGUCCCGCCCACUAUUGACAAUCUAGUGACAAUAACUCCAGAAGGAAAAAAGUGCAUAUUGAAGCUAGCGGAAAGAAUGGUGACUAGCUAUAUGUGUGGGUUGAGUUGUUCAGAAUCUCCAAACUGGAAAGUGUUAUCUGGAAGUGGAGCUGGUGUUGGUGACAUUAGAGUUAUGAUAAGAAAAGUGUUGAAUGAACCGGGAGUUCCUUCUGGUGUUCUUCUAUGUGGUGUUACUUCUUUAUGGCUUCCCAUUGAACCAAAAAGGGUAUUUGAUUUCUUUCAAGAUGAACGCACUCGAACUCAGUGGGAUAUCUUUUUCAGUUCAGGUCCUUUGACAGAAGUUGCCCGCAUCACAUAUGGAAGGGAAAUUGACAACUGUGUCUCAUUAUUUAAAGGUGCAAAUACUAGCCAGAGCAAUAUGAUGAUAUUACAAGAAAGCAGUAGCAACCCAACAGGUUCCUACAUUAUUUAUGGUCUAGUUGACAUGAAGGCCAUGACCCUCCUUUGCCGAGGUGGAGAUCCCAAAUUCGUAUCUGUUCUUCCUUGUGGAUUUGCUAUACUACCCGACGGACCACCUGGAACUGCCUCUCUUCUAACGAUGGCAUUCCAAGUUUUGGUUGAUUCUGAUCCUAUUGCCAUGCUUUCUCCCGAAUCAGUUGCCACUGUAAAUCAGCUUAUCAAAGGAACCGUGGAGAAGAUAAAGACCUGUCUGUUCGACAACAGAACGUGA